UCACCAGGAUGUCUUCCCAGAAUAUUCAGUGUUGCAACAAUCAGACGUAUCAGAAUCGGACUACGGAGGUUAUGUUAUUCAUCCUUCCCUGAAAAGUAUGCUUUUCAGUUUGGAAAAAAGCUUGCAUUAUCAUAUAGGAGAGAUAAUCCUGUCUUCAGUUAAAUCAUGCCGUGAGAGACGCAAGUGCAUCACAUCGUUUGAACAAAAAGCAGAUGGAGUCUUUCUCGUACGGUUAAAGAAAUCUACUGUCGAGGUUGGACAUUUAGAAAUGAGCGGUGGGUACGGACAUAAAUAUCUCCCUAGAUCAACAUGGGAUGGUUUCUGCAAGUUGCCAAUUGGAAAUGCUUAUAUGCUGGAAGAGGUCGGAGAGCGAUUUCGAGGAGCUUCAUGUGAAACAUUCUCAAGAAUAAGUGCCUUUUCUUUGCACACUUAUG